AUGCACCUGAGAGCUUCACCUUGUCCACGGGACACCAUUGUCUGUAACAGCCUGUGCUCGCCCCUGGGGAAGCAGCCCAUCUUGGGAGACUGUUUACUCAGGUCCACAUACGGCAAGAGGCGUUUGAUAAUGCCUCUCAAGGAAGGAAAUCUGCAUCUGAUGCAGCAACCGGAGCCAGAGACAGAGAGAGAGAGAGAGAGAGAGAGAGAGCCAGAGCGAGCGAGGGAGGACAGUAAAGGAGCCCGCACAGCCUUUCAUUCACCCCCGGAUUACCCUAUUAGGACGACCCGUGCACCCUCGUGUGAGAGGGACAAAAGCAGAGCCGCGCUGCCCUCCUCCCUCCCACACCCUCCAGCUCCGCGUGCGCUCGCCUCGGAGAGCCUCGGUCUUCUGGUCUCUCCCCCCGUUUUUGGUUUUGGCGUGGAUAUCUACUGGCCGUGGGGAAGCCAUGGGCUGGCCGGCGGAGUUCAGGGGACGCUUGGUGUCCGGAGAGGGGCACUCCCCCCUCUUUGGAGGCUGGCAGCACUGCUGCUGCUGCUGGGCGUCUGGGAGGUCAAGACACAAACCGAGGAGGAUACCAAACCUGUCUACGUCUGGCAAACAGGCCCGUGGGGCCGGUGCAUGGGCAGCGAGUGUGGUCCAGGGGGCAGGCAGAGUCGGGCGGUGUGGUGCGCCCACUCCGAGGGCUGGACCACCCUGCACACCAACUGUGAUGAGGCGCUGCGCCCGGACAACCAGCAGAGCUGCUUCCACGUGUGCGACUGGCACAAGGAACUGUACGACUGGCAGCUGGGCGCCUGGAACCAGUGCGUCCCCGUGUCCAUGCGCAGCCCGGGCGUCCAGCGGCCGGCCGUGUGCACGCGCGGGGACGAGGGCAUCCAGACCCGCGAGGUGGGCUGCGUCCAGAAAGCGGACGGCGUGCCUGCCGAGGACGCCAUCUGCGAGUAUUUUGAGCCCAAGCCCCGCCUGGAGCAGGCCUGCCUGAUCCCCUGCCCGCGGGACUGCGUGGUGUCCCAGUUCACCCCGUGGAACGCCUGCUCCAAGACCUGCGGCACCGGCCUCCAGAACCGCAUCCGCUUCGUCCUGGCUCCGCCCCUGUUCGGGGGCUCGGCCUGCCCCAACCUGACCGAGUUCCAGACGUGCCAGCCAGGGGCCUGCCAGGGCGAGGAGAGCCUCUACAGCCUCAGGGUGGGUUCCUGGGGGCUGUGCUCGGUGCCGCUGCAGCGCCAGGCCCGCCAGGCGCCGGAGAAAGGCAAGAAGAGGCAGAAGAAGGCCAAAAACAAGGAGCGGGUGAGAGAGAAGGUGAGGGAGAGGAUGAGAGACAGAGGCAGGGUGAAGGACCCGGAGACCAGGGAGCUGAUCAAGAAGAAGAGGAUCCGGAAUCGUCAGAACCGUCAGGGGGGGAAGUUCUGGGACCUGCAGGUGGGCUACCAGACCAGGGAGGUCACCUGUGUGCACAAGAGUGGAGACACUGAAGCCCUGAGCCUGUGCUCGCAAGACACGCUGCCGGUCACCUACCAGGCCUGCGUCAUGACCAAGGACUGCGAGGUCGGCGAGUGGGCCGACUGGUCCGCCUGCUCCAAGGACUGCUACGACCUGAACGGGCCCAAGGGCGAGCGUGCGCGCAACCGACGUGUGCGCCAGUUCCCCGUGGGAGGAGGGGCGGAGUGCCCGGACGUGGAGGAGAAGGAGCCCUGCACCCCCCAGGGGGACGGGGUCCCGCCGUGCGUUGUGUACAACUGGAAGACCACGGAAUGGAGCGAGUGCCGGGUGGACAUGUUGCUAAGCCAACAGGACCGUCGCCGUGGCAACCAGACGGGGCUCUGCGGGGGCGGGGUCCAGAACCGCGAGGUGUACUGCGUCCAGGCCCCUUCCGACAUGCCGUCCAACCUCAGCGCCCUCAAGAGCAAAGAAGCAUCCAGGCCCGUAGAUAGUGACUUGUGUCUGGGCGUGGCCCCCAGCACCACCCAGCUGUGCCACAUCGCCUGUCCUGUGGAGUGUGACGUGUCCUCCUGGAGCGCCUGGGGCCCCUGCACCUUCGAGAACUGCCAGGACCAAGCAGCCAAGAAAGGUUUCAAACUGAGGAAGAGGAGGAUCGCCAACGAUCCCACGGCCGGCACGGGGAAUUGCCCGCACCUGGUGGAGGCCAUACCAUGUGACGACCCCAGCUGCUACGAUUGGCUGCUGGUGAGACUGGAGGAGUGCGUCCCGGACAACGAGAAAGAGUGCGGGCCGGGGACACAGGUCCCACAAGUGCAGUGCAUCAACAGUGACGGGGAGUACGUGGACAGACAGCUGUGUCGCGAUGCCAUCCUGCCCAUGCCCGUGGUGUGUGAGGUGCCUUGCCCCAAGGACUGUGUGCUGAGCCCCUGGACAUCCUGGACCCAGUGCUCCCACACCUGCUCAGGCAAGAACACGGAGGGCAAGCAGACCAGGGCUCGCUCCAUCCUGGCCUACAACGCAGGCCAAGGUGGAGUCCAGUGCCCGAACAUCAGCGCCCUGCUGGAGGCCCGGAGUUGUAACGAGCACCCGUGCACGGUGUACCACUGGCAGACAGGGCCCUGGGGCCAGUGCAUCGAGGACACCUCCAUCCCCGCCCCCAACUCCUCUCUGGGGCGGGCCCGGGGCGACGACGCCACCUGCUCCGUGGGCAUGCAGACGCGCAAGGUCAUCUGUGUCCGUGUCAACGUGGGGCAGGUGCCGCCCAAAAAGUGCCCAGAGAGUCUCCGUCCAGACACCGUGCGCCCCUGUCUCCUGCCCUGCAAGAGAGACUGCAUAGUCACCCCCUACAGCGAGUGGAGCCCCUGUCCAGCUGCAUGCCAAGCAGGUGGCAACACCAAAAGGAAACAAACGAGGAAGCGUCUGAUCAUCCAGCUACCAGCCAACGGGGGCCAAGACUGUCCGGAGGUCCUGACCCAGGAGAGGGACUGCGAUGCUCCCUCCCUCUGUCAGGGCUUCAGGUGGAAGACCCACAAGUGGCGGCGGUGUCAGCUGGUCCCGUGGUCGGUUCGCCAGGACAGUCCUGGGGCUCAGGAGACCUGCGGGCCAGGCCUCCAGGCCCGAGCGGUCUCGUGUCGGAAGCAGGACGGCGGCCAGGCGGAUGUUGGCUCCUGCCUCAAGUUCGCCAGCUCCAUGCCCCCGCUAACUCAACCCUGUCAGCUCCCUUGUCAGGACGACUGCCAGAUGACCAGCUGGUCCAAGUUCUCUUCCUGCACGGCGGACUGUGUGGGAGUCAGGACCAGGAAGAGGGUGCUUGUGGGAAAGAGUAAGAAGCGUGACCAGUGUAAGAACAACCAGGUUUACCCUCUGAGCGAGACCCAGUACUGCCCCUGCAACAAGUACAACGCCCAGCCGGUGGGCAACUGGUCGGACUGCAUACUCCCAGAAGGAGGUCGUGUGGAGGGCCAGCUGGGCAUGAAGGUGCAGGGGGACAUCAAGGAGUGUGGCCAGGGCUACCGCUACCAGGCCAUGGUGUGUUACGACCAGGAAAACCGGCUGGUGGAGACGUCGCGCUGCAACAGCCAUGGUUACAUAGAAGAGGCCUGCAUCAUCCCCUGCCCGUCCGACUGCAAGCUCAGUGAAUGGUCCAACUGGUCGCGCUGUAGCAAGUCGUGUGGCAGUGGGGUCAAAGUGCGCUCCAAGUGGUUGAGAGAAAAGCCCUACAACGGUGGACGACCAUGCCCCAAGCUGGACCAUGUUAACCAGGCACAGGUUUACGAGGUGGUGCCGUGCCUCAGUGACUGCGGCCAGUACGUGUGGGUGGCCGAGCCCUGGAGCGUGUGGAAGGUCAGCAAUGUUGACCUGAAGGAGAACUGUGGAGAAGGAGUCCAGACCCGCAAAGUCAGGUGCAUGCAGAACACUAUUGACGGGCCGUCGGACCAGGUGGAUGACUACCUGUGCGACCCGGAGGAGAUGCCCCUGGGGGCCAGGGACAGCCGUCUACCCUGCCCCGAGGACUGUGUGCUGUCUGAUUGGGGCGACUGGAGCCCGUGUCCGCUGCCAUGCAACAGCAGCAGAGAGAGGCUGGCCUCCCCCAUCCGUCUUCCUGGGGAGGGAAAGCAGUGUCCCCCCACCACGGAGACGGCCCCCUGCAAACUCAACAGCAACUGCUUCUACUACUCCUAUAAUAUCACCGACUGGAGCACAUGCCAGCUGAGUGAGAGGGCUGUGUGCGGCAGCGGCAUCAAGACACGCAUGCUGGACUGCGUGCGCAGCGAUGGCAAGUCUGUGGACCUCACGUUGUGCGAGAAGCUCGGCCUUGAGAGGAAGUGGCAAAUGAAUGUUUCUUGUGUGGUGGAGUGCCCUGUCAACUGCCAGCUGUCUGAUUGGUCCCCCUGGUCCGAGUGCACCCACACAUGUGGACUGGCUGGGAAGUUGUGGCGGAAGCGAACAGUGCUCCAGGCCCCCCAGGGAGAUGGGCGUCCCUGCCCGCCCCAGAUGGAGCAGUGGAAGCCCUGCCCUGUCAGGCCCUGCUACCGGUGGCACUACAGUUCCUGGUCCCAGUGCACGUCUGAGGGGGCGAGGUGCGGGGAAGGCCUGCGGUUCAGGAACGUGUCGUGCUUCGUGUCGGACGGCGAGGGCCGCGGGGAGGGCAGCCUGGUGGACGACGAGCUGUGCGGAGACCUGGAGCCCUCGGUGGAUGGGGACAAACAGAUCACCCUGGAGGAGGCCUGUACCGUACCCUGUCCAGGAGAGUGCUAUCUGACCGACUGGACCGAGUGGAGCCCAUGCCAGCUGAGCUGUGUGGGUGGAGAUGACCUGGGCUUUGGGUCGGUGCAGGUGCGCUCCAGGGCCGUGCUGGCCCAGGAGCCCGAGAACCUGAUGCAGUGUCCAGAACCGGAGUGGGAGGCCCGACCCUGCACAGAGGGCCAGUGUUACGAUUACAAGUGGAUGACUGGAGCCUGGAGAGCUUCGUCACGCCAGGUCUGGUGCCAGCGCUCCGACGGAUUAAAUGUCACAGGUACGUGGGCCCUCCCUGAUAGAUCCCCCCUGACGCCGUAUCGUCCCACCGCAGGCCCGUCAUAA